CUCCGAAGGAAAUAUAAAUUAAAAUACUUAAUGAAAAAUCGUAUUUGCUUGUAUUUAAGACAUCAUUAGUUAUACGUUACACAUACACACUCAAGUCAAAAAAGAAAAUAAAGUGAAGAUAGAAAUAAAGUAAAAAACAAAAUAAAGUGAAAAAUCAAAAAUUAAAUGGAAAAACACAAGCUGAUAGACCUAAACGAGGAUACGUUGGAGAAGAUAAGAAAGUCGUAUAAUAUGGACGAUAAGAAGAGAAGAGAAGAAGCAAUAGGAGCUUUGAGGAGCUGGGUGCAGAAACAGGACCAUCUCAUCAAGAAGAAUUAUACUGAUCGCUACCUGGAAUGGAGGAUUCUGACAAGCAAGGGUUCCGUGGAGCGAGCGAAGACGAUGAUCGACAAGAUAUGCACGUUCAGGACUUUGUACCCGCAGCUGUUCGGCGUGUACAACGUGAAGGAGGACUUCGGGAACCUUAGCGAUAAUGUAAUAGUUUUUGCGCUACCAAAAGUACUUAAUGAAGACAUCAGAGUUUACGUGGUAAAAUUUUUCGACAAAGAGCCAAUUAGCAAAUUCUUUAUGAACUACCUCCGAUAUAUUCUAGUGAUGUGCGAGUACCUGGCAGCACACGACUACCUGGAGAAGGUGUGUGUUAUCUACGAUCUGCGGGAGGCGAACCUCGCCAGUUUCGUCUCCGACAUGGACUUCAUAGAGAUGAAACGGGAAAUAACCGCGCUACUUGAAGGCUACGGAGUUAGACCACAGAAUAUCCUGAUAAUGACGAAGUCCAAGGUGGUCGAGACGCUGUUAUCCAUCGUCAAAACGUUCCUGAAGCCGAAGAUAAUUCAGAGGAUCCAGGUGAUCAAGAGCCAUGAGGAGCUGCACGAGUUUGUACCGCGCGAGAUGUUGCCAGAAGAUUAUGGAGGCAAGGAGCCUUCGUUGAACGAGACACAAGACUUAUGGACUAGAGUCCUCUCCUCCGAGUACACCAUGGACAUCUUGCGGGCCGCGUACGAGGCUCGUACGGACGAGACGCGACGUCGCACGGGGCAGUUCAGCGAGCAGUACGCCGGCGUCGCGGGAACCUUCCGAUAUCUUAAUGUCGAUUGAACUGUUCCUGAUG